ACAUAUGUUUUAUUGUCCAUGUCUAGCGUCAUGGAAAUAGUUACUUUGUUACAGAACGUAUAGGAAUAACCUCCAAGAAGUAGUCUAUGCUUUGCUUUAAUCGCAGACCCUAAUAAUUUGCUAAUAAUGCUUAAUCUUUUUUUGUAUUAAAGGAAACAGAUCAAGAUAGACAAGAACCUGUUUAGCGGGGAAGUGGAGCAAGUCCAAGGAAUGUCGAUCAAGACCAGAAUGCACUAGUCUGAGAUAUCAUUACUCAUCUCACUCGGCGCUGAAUGGUUUCUUCCACCCGGGGCACUUUGUCUUUGUGCUGGAAACAAAAUAUUUUGAUCAUGUUUGACCAGGUCGGUGGGAUGUACAGCAAGUCUGUGUUCGAGGACUUUAUCACACGCAAGGAUAACAAUCAAACUAUUCUUCAGGAUUACAACGAAUAGACGAAUGUUUGCAAUUGCUUCUUGGUGAAAACGAGUUUUCGGGUGAACCGGUAUGUCAUUGCUGGGGUGAUGCAUGGACUGAGGAGUUACAAGUUGCGAUAGCCCACAAGUUUAAUUGCAGUUUCAAGUAUCGAAGGUAAAGCUUGGAUAUCCUCAAUAGAAACAAAGAAAACGUUUAGGCUAACGGGACAUAAGGCUAUCGAUAGGAAUAUGGUAUUGAUGUAGUAGGCAGUUGGUGCAUGGCAUGUGGUAUUAAGCAAUUUAUCCAGUUUGCAAUUGAUAUUUGCAGUAAAAAUACCAAAGUAAAUAGCCCAUAUUCCUUGUUAAUAAUUGUAUGUGUACAGGAAUGGAUUCUCACAACCACUGAAAACCAUUUGCAAUUCGAUGUUACUGGUUUUGUAUGCAGUCCACAGGCCUACUAAAAAGAUUGACAAGAUUCUUGGCACAGUAUAGAAAACAACCCCAGCACUUGUGUAAUCGAGUCGUAGAUAUACCCAGCUUGAUACUGCACUAGCUGUUUUUUUAGGGAGUUAAACCAGUUAUAGCACUAAGGUUAUUAUCGUGUUAUAGUGCAUGAGCACAGAUCAGUGUUUAUGCCAUUUGACAGUUGUUGUGGCGUUCCAGCACAAUACCAUUAGAUUUACAUAACUCUUUCACACAUCUCUUAUUGAUUCAAACAAGUGUUGGUGACUACAGUUGAAAUUAGCUGAAAUAGUAGGGCUAUAGUUCAACAAUCUAGACAUCACCUAUUUGUGUGUUAAAAUGUGCUCAAGGGUAGCAGCAUCACAAUGAUUUUAGGCAGCGUGUGCAUAUGAUUUUCAUCAGAGAGUCAAAAUGUCGAUGAAAGGCAAGGCACUCUACACUUUCCAAAGUGAAAACAAAGAGGAGAUCAGCAUACAGGAGAAUGAGGAACUGGUUAUCUUUGACGAUAACUCUGUAGAUGGCUGGUUACAAGGGGAGAACAGUAAAGGACAGAAAGGUCUCUUCCCGGCCUCUUACGUGGAAGUAAUCCGCCCUCGUUCCAACUCCAACCUGACAGACUGCUCCAUAAGCCCGGUGGGUUCUCCAGGCAAUGACUCCUCAUAUUUCCCCUCCGCCCCAAACACGCCCUUUCACAUGCAACAAGGUUACUAUGACGACGAUGAUGAUGACUGGGAUGAUUGGGAUGACAGUUCCACAGUGGUGGACGAUGAUGGCCGCAGUGGCGCAAAUGGACAUUCCCAUCAGAGCCCCCACUCCAACAACCCCAAUGUCCACUAUCGAGCUAAACCUUACAUGGAGAGGCAGGACAGCAUCUCCAGCUCGCGGAAGGGCAGUAUGGUGGGCAGGAACUUGAACCGAUUCUCCAGCUUUGUCCGCUCAGGGGUGGAAGCUUUUGUGUUGGGCGAUGUGCCCAUGAACGCUAAGAUAGCGGAGUCGUACACCAUUGAGAUGGGCCCCAAAGGGCCUCAAUGGAAAGAAAGCCCCACACCUUUCUCUUGCUCCAUCGAGGACCCUACCAAGCAGACCAAGUUCAAAGGCAUCAAGACCUACAUAUCGUACAGAGUGACCCCAAGCCACAAUGCGAGGCCUGUGUACCGGCGUUACAAGCACUUCGACUGGUUGUACAACCGUCUACUGCACAAGUUCACCGUCAUCUCCGUGCCCCACCUUCCCGAGAAACAGGCAACAGGGCGCUUCGAAGAGGACUUCAUCGAGAAGCGCAAGAGGCGGCUGAUCCUCUGGAUGGACCACAUGACUAGCCACCCGGUCCUGUCGCAGUACGAGGGCUUCGAGCACUUCCUCAUGUGCGCCGACGACAAGCAGUGGAAGCUGGGCAAAAGGCGGGCAGAGAAGGACGAGAUGAUGGGCGCCAACUUUAUGCUCACCUUCCAGAUCCCAAAUGAGCACCAGGACCUGCAGGACGUGGAGGAACGUGUGGACUCCUUCAAGUCCUUCGCCAAGAAAAUGGAUGACAGCGUCAUGCAGCUUACACAUGUGGCCUCAGAACUGGUGCGGAAGCACCUCGGAGGCUUCCGGAAGGAAUUUCAGCGGCUGGGGAAUGCCUUCCAGAACGUCAGUCAGGCUUUCAUGCUGGACCCUCCCCACUGCUCGGACGGCCUCAACACCGCCAUCUCCCACACGGGACGUACUUACGAAAACAUUGGGGAAAUGUUUGCGGAGCAACCUAAGUAUGACCUCUUCCACAUGCUGGACAAACUGUCACUCUACCAGGGCCUACUCGCCAACUUCCCAGACAUUAUUCAUCUACAGAAAGGUGCGUUUGCCAAGGUCAAAGAGAGUCAGCGGAUGAGCGACGAAGGGAAAAUGGACCAGGAAGAGGCAGACGGAGUGCGUAAACGCUGCCGGACAGUGGGAUUUGCUCUACAGGCUGAGAUGAACCACUUCCACCAGCGCCGCGAGGUGGACUUCAAGGAGAUGAUGCAGGCCUACAUCAAACAGCAGAUCGCCUUCUACCAGCGCGUGGGCCAACAGCUGGAGCGUACCCUGCACAUGUACGACAACCUGUAGAGGCUGGGCUUGUCAUCAGCCCUGACGUUAUCCUUUUGAUCCGAAAUGACCGCCAAGUUCAACGGGGCCUCUUCAGGGGUUGUCAAAAAUCCUAUUGGAAACCGAGACAUCCCACUGGACACACACUGGUUGUUUAAAUGUAAUUUGUCAAUUUAUUGUGACGUGGAAAAUACAUUGGAUUUGAACAAAGUUUUCAUCAUUGAAAUUAGGGUAAAACUUCAACUUAACUACAGAGACUUAACCUGAUUAACAGGUUGUUACAUCAAUCUAAUUUCAACAUAAUCAUCAUAACAAUUAAAUACGUGGAAAUUGCGUUGAAAAGUCCACGUAGAAAUGUAAAAAAUCUUCAACUUUGGGUGGUUGAAAUGAAGUUGAAUUUCAUAUUUGAUUAGACAUAUGUUAUUUGAACUUGUGUCAAUGCUGAUAGUAAAAUUGUAUGUUUGAAUCAACAUCAUUGUUUCAACGUCAUGCCAUCAACCUAAAUAGAUGUAUGUUGAAAUAAAAUGGUAAGCCACAGUCCAACGAUUCCUGCCUGAAAAUUGACACCUACGGAGAGGUAAUGCACUUCAGUGAAACAAGUCUACCAUACAGAUAGAUGCCUUCCUCUAUGUACCCUGCCUAGCUUGAGAAACAAGCAGUGUUCAAUUCAGCUGCCCUAUCAUGUCAACACAGUUAGACAUUGGUCAGCUUCCAUACACUUUUGAAUAGUUGAAAGUAACUCCUCUAACUUUUCUUACACUAGCUGCAUGUGAAAGUAAGUUUGGAGUGAGGUUGGGUUUAUUAUGUAAGCUACAUUGACAUCUAAUUUUCCCAAAGACUACCAUCAUUUCAACGCUAGGUAUACUGUCAUUCAACUAUGGCUGAUUGGAUCUUUAGAAGUAUAGAAGUAGUUACCAUUAGCUUUAUAAUUAGGAUGCUGAAUUGACCUCUUCAUGAUGACAUGAAGUUGAAACUGACGUUGAUUCAAACAUACAAUUUGACUAGGUUAAACUAAAUAUGUCUAAUCAAAUAUAAAAUUCUACCCUUAAGAAAGCUACCCUUAAGAAAAAUAUAGUUUACUUAACUAAGGUUACUUUGAAAAAGUAGUUCAAUAUAUCCGAAGUACAUAAUUCAGAAAAAUUAUUGUAUGUAAAUUUGAAAUGUCAUAGACUACAAAUUGCAAGAACAGUUCACUUUGGGGUCAUACAUUAAUGGAAUAUGUCAUUUGAAUAGAAUAUGUAAGUUUCAAGUGAGAAUUUGGCAGGUCUGAUGCCGAAACCCCCCCAAAAUAUUUCCUACUUCACCCAUAUAUAUAUAUAUAUAUUUUUUUUUGACUAGUUCAACUACCACCUAGCUUCUUCAAAUGUAGUUAAAUUACUAGUUGAACUUCAUGUAGUUCGCUACUCCCCAACACAAAAUGUCAACCAGUUUCAUACACUUAGUGUACAAAACAUUAAGAACACCUGGUCUUUCCAUUACACAGACUGACCAGGUGAAAGCUAUGAUCACUUGUUCACUCCACUUCAAUCAGUGUAAAUGAAGGGGAGGAGACAGGUUAAAAAAUGAUUUUUUAAACCUUGAGACAAUUGAGACAUGGAUUGUGUUUGUGUGCCAUUCCAAGAGUGAAUGGGCAAGACAAAAGAUUUAAGUGCCUUUGAAAGGGGUAUGGUAGUAGGUGCCAGGCGCACUGGUUUGUGUCAAGAAUUUAGGGUAAAAAGGAGGGGGCGAUAUAGCUCAAUAUUAGGUAGGUAUUCCUAAUGUUUUGCACACUUAACCUGGAUGAACAUAGGAUUAUAUAUAUAUUAUGUUUAUAUGUGGAAUUUCCAAUGCAUUUUCAACGUAUACAUAGUUCUGAUGAUUAUGUUGAAAUUAGAUUGAUAUAUCAAUCUGUUAUUCAGGUCAAGUCAUUGUAUUGAAGUUGAAGUUUUACCCUCAUUUCAAUGCUUACAACGCUGGUUGAAAUGAGAUGAAAUCAGUACUGUUUGAUUACUUUUUGUAUUUUCCACAUUGAUUCCACGUCACAAUACGUUGACAAAUGGUAUUGAAACAAUGUUGAUUUAACCAGUGUGUGCCCGGCUGUAAGCUGGAAAAGUUUAUCUGUUUAUUUUCUUUCUUCAUGGUGGACCAUGAUAGUCACACAAACCCUGGCUUGAAAGAAGAGAGGGGUUACUGAGGUUGCUGCCUUAUAAAGAUUACUUUCUGCUUAUUGUGACUUGAAUAUGGGCCAAGUGGUUCAUAGACUCGGCCAGAAAGAGGGCAUGUUCUUGAAGAGGCUGGGGAAGCCAGUUUGUGCACUUCACGUAAUAGUCACUUUCCAGGCUGAAAUUCGAAGUCUAAAUUCUUUGUUUCAAGGGACUUACACCAUUGUCUUCUUCAUAAAUCCACCAAUUUUGCUAUGUUAUGACCAACAUUUUUGUUGUUGUUGUAUACAAUACCAUCUAUUUAAGGUGUUUGCAACAAAUCUUAAUACGUCAAUUGAUAGGUGGCAUUUAAGAAUUCUCUGCAGAGGGUCAAAGAUAGGCAUGUGUAGCCUUAAGUAGACGGUAGAAGCUGAACCCCUUUCGUGUACUGUAUGAAAACCAUGACCGAGUCCAUGCCAUCUCCUCCCGUUCUUUCUCAGAGUAAGGGCUUGAAUGCUCAGGUGUUCACUGCAAACGUGGUACCUGAAUGUAUCUUCUUGAGAUAGCUCUCCAUACAAGCCAUGACUGUGCCCGUCGGCGGCUUUUAGAGUUCCAAGAGGCAGCAGGUGCACUACAUAGCUUAAGAGAAUUAACAUCAUGGAAUGAAUGUUACUUUUCCCCCGUGGUCCCUGUAAGUGCCUUGAAGGAGCAGAGGCAUUUUAGUGUGAUUUUCUAAACAAAUGUCUUCACCUGCUUCCAUUUGAGGAGGAACAGGCCUUUGGAAUCAGUUGUGCUCCAGUUGAGUUUGCACAGGAGCUUUGCACCCGUCGAUCAUGGUGUGUGUGCGUGCAUGCGAUUGUAAAUUGUUGGGUUAUUGAUAGACUCCUUGUUCUUUCUGUUGCAACAAACGUUUGGCCAGCAGUCUUGAAGUUGGAAGUACUUAAUGUUACAGUAAGUGUAAACAAGGAGUAAUCACCCCUCUUAUUUGAGAAACAAUGUUGACUUUGAACAUAGUGUUCUUCUCUGAGCUGAAUCAUUACCGCACAUAUUUCAGUGUUGAUUACCAAAUAAUUGAAGUUGUUCUAGUCAUAUAACACAUGUAUUUUAAUAGGAGCCACCUUGUGAGACUUUAUAGAGAUCUGUGGUUUGUUUGAGCUAUCUGUAGAACUAUUAUGAAUCUAAGAGGUUAAGACGGAGACACUGCUUCUCAGUGAACGCAUUGCCUCAAGAACAGUCAAGUAAAUGAUUAAAUACAGAGCACUAACUUGUUCACAAUUAAUGCGUUGCUUUGAAUAGUUACUUGAGUUAACGGUCCAUUCACAUGCUUUAAUUGGCUUUCCCCAAGUACCAUUAAAUAAUACAGUACUCUACUCAGGGUUUUCAUUCUGAUUAUGGAAUAUUGAAGUAUAAAUGUCUAGCACAGACCCCAAAGAGAUCUCCUGACAUGUAUUUCCAUUCACUUCAAUUUGACAGGACAAAAACCAAUCACCAAAAAAACAAUACUAUAAGUUAUUGGAUGAUGCUCUUUUUUUCCAGUAAUGCUUGAGACCAUAGUUUCAGUAAAUAAACAAAGACUGCCCUGCCAUUACCUUCUAAGUAAACCACAAAAGUCUGACUCUGUCUAUGACUCAGUACUGAGUGUUGUCUCAAUGGCUGGUCCACUUCCAACGUACAUUCCAGGGUAUGGGUAGAUGUUAAAACCAGGUGUUUCACAACACUUCUUUUGAAAUGUCCUCAUCUUCUCGCCUGUUUUUUAAUUUUUUUUAUUGCACAAAGACCAAAGUAUCACUAUUUAGCACUCAGUAUGAAAUGAAAGGGUCUCUCCAAUAAAUAGCUGACCACACAUAGGAGGUGGUGGAGUGUUGGCUGUCUUCAAUAGUUUUCUUAUUCAUACGGUCACAUUUUGAGGAGAUGGGUCAGACAACCUCUGUGGAAAGAGACUAACAGGGCAAAGGGAGAAGGAAUAUUCAGGGGAAAAGGACUGGAAAUGAUUCCAUGUGAACUGUUACUCACCGACUCUGACUGGCUGUGCGAACGGUAAUGUAAGGACAUGUUGACGAACUGUAUGGCUGGUGGAAGGACACUGAGUCUCACAUGGAUGAUUCUGGCUUCACGAGUAUGUGUGAGAAUGAGACUGGGACGGGCAUGAUGAGACCUAUGGUUCUGUUAUAUUUUCCUAUAUUGAAAUACACACUGUCUUAGGAUUUUGGCACAAGGAACGAUGUCACUAAGGGAGGCUCUGAAAGUCUUAAUAAAAGCGAUCAUGCUGAUUCUGA